UUAGGGAGCAUCUGCUCUCAGGUGCACCCUCCUUGGAGGAGAUUGGAGGAAGGGAGUGUACAGUUACAAGCACCAAAAGCGCUGACGGAAAAACCCGGAGGCCCCAAUUCAAUAGCUCCAGAAAACGCAAUAACUCUAACACCUACAAGUGCAUCAACUCUGAAGUCCUCAGAAUCCCAGACAAGUAAAGGAACAUCACAGAAUAGUGAUACACCUGAGCCGACAGAGAUCUCUCAUGAGUUCAUGCCACGUUCUGCAGUCCCCAGGUUCAACUCUUGGAAUGAAGUAAUAAUUCCACGUAGACCUGGUCUUGUUCAUGUAAUUUCAGUUUCAAGUAUAGCCUUUGCUGUUGCCCUGAUAUGUGGACUCAUAAUCUCCUAUAUGAUACAUCGGCUGGUAAAAGCUGAGGAAAAACAGCAGCUUGCAACGUUGUAUGAAAAUGUCGAGAUUCCACUUUUAGAUGAAAAGGAGGUCUCUGAAGGUGAUGGCCAGGCUGAGACUGCUGAACCACAUCCAGAGAAUGAGGAACUGGGGAAGUUCAUUGGUUCAGUUAUUAGAACAAAAAGAAGGGAACACAUUUUGAAGAAGAAAAUGAAGGGAGAGAAAAAUCUACCGACAGAGAAUACAUUGGAGAGUUCAAAUUAUGCUGACCAAGUGGAGAGUCAUGACAACGUGGGGAGUCAUGACAGCAUGGAGAAAGAUGAAGAAGAGGAGAAUCUAUGAAAACAGAGGAAAGGUGUAGCAUGUGCUGGACAGUGUGGAGACCAGACGGCAUGGAUCACAGAUGACUAAGAACAUGAACAGGACUUAAUUCCAGAGAACCUUGUUUCUUAGCUGUGAUAGUCCAUGAAUAAUUAUAACUUAAGUAGAAUAUAGAAAACAACCCGAGUUCGGUAAUGAUGAAGACAAAUUGUCAAGGAUUUUCUUCUUUGGCUUCAGACCAGAAAUAAAGCUUAUUCCUUUA